AUUAAAUACACAACGAUAACCAAUCACGAAGACCUUUGAAACUGAGUUCUUUAAGGUCAAGUAGUACCAAACCAAUAAUGAGUGCGCCAACACUAACGCUCAACGAUAGGAAUCGAAUUCCCGUCGUUGGUUUGGGAACAUCAGGGGUUUAUGGUGAUGCAAUAACGCAAGCUGUGAAAGAUGCGAUUGACGUUGGUUACCGUCAUAUCGAUUGCGCGUACGCGUAUAAAAACGAAAGGAACGUUGGAAUUGCAAUUAAGGCCAAGAUCGCUGAUGGAACCGUCAAACGUUCAGAUCUAUUCCUUACAAGUAAAUUGUGGUGCACGUUUCAUCGCGCGGAAAGUGUAGAGGUUGCGAUACGGAAAUCUCUGACCGACCUACAACUAGAUUACCUAGAUCUCUACGUGAUUCAUUCGCCUAUGGCCUUUAAGAUUAACGAGUCACAAAGCAAAGAAAACCUGGAAUUUUCCGAUUAUGACUACGUUCUGACUUGGAAGGCGAUGGAAGCAGUUGCGAAAAAAGGUCUGGCAUGGUCGAUCGGAUUGAGCAACUUCAACAAGCGCCAAAUUGAACGAGUUCUCGAACGAGCCGAGAUAUUACCAGUAGUGAACCAGGUCGAAUGCCAUCCAUAUUUAACUCAAACCGAAAUGAUACAAUUUUGCCAUUCCAAAGGCAUACAGGUUAUAAGCUACUGCCCAUUAGUCUCGCCGGAACGAAUGGGAUCCAAUAAACACUUACCAAAAUUACUGAAUGAAAAAAUCUUGAACGAAAUCGCAGAGAAAUAUUCCAAAUCACCAGCUCAGAUUGCGUUGAGGUGGCAAAUACAAAGAGGGCUCGUCGUCAUCCCGAAGUCCGUUCACAAGAAUCGCCAGAGGGAAAAUAUUGGGAUAUUUGACUUUGAAUUGACCAAAAACGACAUGGACGCCAUCAGUGCCCUUAAUUCCAAUUUAAAAGUUUUCAAUUUCGCCGAUACACGAACCCAUCCAUUCUAUCCAUUUAGCGGGAAAUACUGAAUAUUCGUCCUAGAAGGAAUUAUUCGAAACGAAAAACCAGAAAAUUACUGUAAUUGAAUGAAUAAAAUACUACACAAGAUGCA